CACGGCACCAGCGCAGUCCAUGACGGCAUGUUAGGAGAACUGCACGUAUACACAAGCAAUUAGCACGACACGAACAAUAUUCUGGUAUGGUUCUGUGCGCGAAAUAGUGGUUUUGUUAUUCGAUAUAUUUAAAUGCGGAUUUAAUUGAGAUUGAACCAUGGAAGCACUUAAGAACUGGUGGAGAUAUUACUUUGGGGGACGCCGUAAAUAUAUUAUGGUGCCAUUUAAGCCAGAUGUGAUCGACGGAACGAGACAAGGUGUCUUAUCGGUGCAAAACAUUGAUUUCUGCACUGACAUCAAUGGAGAACAUCACCACACCAGCAGAUACAAUUUGAUGACCAGGGAUGAAAAAAAAUGUUUAGUUGUCCGUAGAGGACAGCCCUUCACGCUUGAUCUGUUGCUCAAUAGGGCAUAUGAUCCAGAUAAAGACGCUAUUUCAUUCAUCUUCUAUGUGUCUGAUAUCGAAAAGCGUGGGCCUUCAGAUGGGACGUCCGCAGCCGUGCCUCUAUUGGAAAGAGGCUCUGAAACAGUUGGAUUGUGGAGUGCGGUCUAUGAGAGUCAAGUGGACUCUCAUCUCAUGGUGUCGGUGACGGCGGCCGCUGACUGCAUGGUUGCCGCUUGGAAAGUUGACAUUGACACAAAGCUCAUUGGGGGUAGCUCAUUGAGUUACACUCACCCGUUGCCAAUCUACGUAUUGUUCAAUCCUUGGUGUUUGAAUGAUUCUGUGUACAUGCCAGGUGAGAGUCAUAGAGACGAAUAUGUAUUGGAACAAGGAGGACUUAUGUUCAGAGGAGUGUACAACAUAAUUAAGCCGACACCGUGGAACUACGCGCAAUUUGAAAAAGAUGUCUUAGACUGUGCUCUUUAUCUAGUCAGGGAAGUUGGGAAGGUCACAGGAAGCGGUAGAAGUAGCGCCAUCCGGACUGCCCGAGCUCUUUCGGCAGCCGUGAACGUGCAAGACGACAAUGGUGUGCUAUUCGGAAAUUGGGGCAAAGAGCUGAGUGAUUACGACGGAGGAACGCAUCCUUUGAAGUGGGUUGGCUCUCUAGCAAUCCUACAGAGGUUUUACGAGAAGAAGAAGCCCGUAAAAUACGCCCAAUGUUGGGUAUACGCCGGAAUUUUAACGACAAUUUGUCGGGCACUCGGAAUUCCCUGCAGGCCGGUAACUGGUUACGAUGCAGCUCACGACAGUCAAGGAAGCCUCACGAUUGACAUAAUCAUGGACGAGGAAGGAAAUACGAUGGACGAAUUCACUCGAGACUCCGUAUGGAACUACCACGUUUGGAAUGAAGUAUGGAUGGAGCGGCCGGAUCUGGGCCCCCAAUACGGAGGCUGGCAAGCUCUGGAUGCUACUCCACAAGAAACAUCAGAAGAUAAAUUCCGGUGCGGGCCGGCUUCGUUGAAAGCAAUUUUAGACGGGGAAUUACAGCGGCCAUAUGAUGCUACAUACGUAUUCGCACAAGUAAACGCUGAUAAAAUUUUAUGGAAAUAUUCUGGGGAAAUUCAACCACUAAAGUUAAUGGCACGUGACACCACCUCUAUCGGGCAGAAUAUCUCAACUAAAGCGAUUGGAAGAAUGGAAAGAGAGGAUAUCACCGACACAUACAAAUACCCGGAACGAACGCGCGAAGAGAGAAUGACAAUGGAAAAAGCGUUGCGCAAAUCAGAGAACAUCUUCGCUCGGUACUAUUUGAACGAUGCCUUCAAUGACGUCACCUUCGAGUUUGAUCUCAGAGACGACAUUAAGAUCGGACAGGACUUCAGUGUGGUCUUGCAUAUGAAAAAUCGUUCGACGAUCAAUGAACAUCAAGUCAAAGGCACGUUGCGAGUGGACACAGUGACGUACGCCGGCGUCACCGGAGACGGUGUGAAGCGAUAUGAAUUCGACAUGAAACUCAAGCCAGAACAGAAAGAGAAAGUGCAGAUGCUGGUCACCUUCGACGAUUACUUUAAAAAGCUUAUUGAUCAGGCAUCCUUCAACAUCGCAUGCCUAGUCACGAUCGUAGAUCGAAAAUUCGACUACUUCGCUCAGGACGAUUUCCGGGUCCGGAAUCCUGACAUCAAAAUAACGAUUGACGGCAAACCGGUCUCCCGCCAAGAGUUUACCGUUCACAUCAAAGUGGAGAAUCCCUUGCCUAUUCCGUUGAAGAACGGCAAGUUUUAUAUUCAAGGUCCAGGUUUGGAUGAGCAGCUCAGAAUUGCAUUAGACGAGAACGUGGCACCUGGUACCUUUGCGACUGCUAACUUCAAGCUUACUCCUCCGUGGGCAGGCAGACAUCAGAUCUCGGCUAAGUUCACAUCCAAAGAAAUACGGGAUAUUGACGGAUUUCUAUCUUUUAUUGUGUCAAUGCCAGAAACCAACGGAGUGUCUUCUGAAACUGUAGAAACGAGGCAAAUCUAAUUUAUCAGCUUUAAACAUUUAUUAUCUAAAUGAAUAGUUUUAAUUAUGAUAACAGCUCUUUAUUUAUUAUUUUACAUUUAUUUAACAUGUAAAACUUAAUUAUAAUUU